AUGAAUAGUAAUACCGAGGAGACCUUCAAAAAGGGUGUCGAUUACCGCCUUGCUGGCAAUGAGGCAUUCAAAAAGGCUGACUAUCCUGAAGCACUGAAGAAUUACCAUCACGCCUUGCUUCAUUUACGUACAUUGGGUGGUACCAAUCCUCCUGCCGAGCUCAAGAAGAAUACCGAUGAGGAAUUAGUCAAGAUUUACAACAACAUGACUGCUGUUCUCGCAAAGCAGGAUAAAUGGGAACGUGUCCUUAAGAAUGCUACCGAGGCCAACAAGAUUGAUGAGAGCAAUAUCAAAGCCAAAUUUCGUAUGGGACAAGCAUAUGGUCGACUUGGCGACACUGAAAAAGCUAUCGAGCUUUUGACUGAAGUGAAAAAAAAGAAUCCUACAGAUGAAUUGGUGAAGCAAGAGUUAGCGAAGAUCAAACAAGAAGAUAAGAAGGGUCAGGAUCAAGUCAAGUCUACCUAUUGGGGAAUGUUUGAUCGGAAGCCGUCAGGAUCAUCUUCCAAGCAGGCCAACGCUUAG